UGGGUGUAUUCAAAGAAAAAGGGAAAGUCAAUUAUUCAUCAUGCAGUCUGCACGUGUAUGGGGGUGGUGUAUUGAGUUGCGUGUGUACAUAACAACGAUUGGAAGCACAUUUAACAGUUAUAACGAGGACAAUUACAGUUAAAUGUGUGCAGCGCGUAGAAAAAUUGUGAAUGCAUUUCUCAAACAAAAUGUGUGCAGCAGGUUGAAUGUACCACAGUCACGGUAUUUGAGCAGUAGCAGCAGCCACGAUGUGGGCACAGGAGCAGCAGCAACAGCAGCAGCCGUUACGUCGAACGCUCUAAUUAAUCCACGAAAAACUGUGAGUGAUUUCCAAGAGCUCUACGAAGCAACCAAAAAGAAAUUUCAAUCUAAAAAAUUGCCCGUGGAUGUGCAUCCAGAUGCAGUUUUUGCAUGCAACGAAUUGGAUCUCAGUGAGGUGCAGGUCUAUGGCUUCGACUAUGAUUACACUUUGGCUUGCUAUAAGCCGUUGCUGGAGGAUUUAUUGUACAAUCUGGCUCGGGAAAUGUUGGUUAAGCGUUUUCGCUAUCCGGAGGAUAUUUUGGAUCUGGAAUAUGAGCCCAAUUUCGCUGUACGAGGCUUGCACUAUGAUGUGGAGAAGGGGCUAUUGGUCAAAUUGGAUUCAUUCUUGCAACUGCAAUUGGGCUCAGUCUAUCGUGGACGCACCAAAGUCGAAGCUGACGAAGUGCUCAAACUCUAUCACAAUCGAUUGCUGCCCAUUGCCUAUGUGGAAGGACCCAAUAAUAGCUAUAGACACAAUACCAACUCAAAAAUGGUGCAAUUGGCGGAUCUGUUUUCAGUGCCCGAAAUGUGUUUGCUCUGCAAUGUUAUUGAAUAUUUUGAAAGGAAUCGAAUAGAUUAUAAUCCAGAGAUCGUAUUCCACGACACAAGAACAGCCAUGGGCUCCUGCCACCCCAUAAUGCAUGCCACGGUCAUGAAGGACACGCAAAAAUAUAUCGAACGCAAUGCAAAGCUGCCCAAAUAUUUUGAGAAACUUCAGCAGGCGGGCAAGAAUCUUUUCCUGGUUACGAAUAGUCCAUUUUCGUUUGUGAACUGUGGCAUGUCUUAUCUGGUGGGCGAAAAUUGGAGAGAUUUCUUCGAUGUGGUCAUCGUUCAGGCACGCAAGCCCAAGUUCUUUACAGACGAAUCUCGGCCAAUAAGGUUGUACGAUGAGAAAACCCGAUCGCAUCUAUGGGAUCGAGUAUUCAAGCUGGAAAAGGGAAAAAUCUAUUAUGAGGGCUCUGUACGGCAGUUGCAGGAGCUGAAGGGCUGGCGCGGUCAUUCUGUGCUCUAUUUUGGGGAUCAUCCGUAUAGCGAUCUAGCUGAUGUUACUUUGAAGCACAGCUGGCGCACAGGUGCAAUAAUUAGCGAGCUAAACCAUGAGAUUAAGACACUGAAUCGUGUGGAUUUCAAGAUGAGCGCCAAUUGGCUGCAAAUGCUGACGCAGCUGAUUGAGGAUACGCAGGAUGAUGACAGCGCGGCGGCCCAGGAAUGUCUGAAAAAUUGGAUGAUUGAACGGGAUCAGUUGCGGAAUAAAACGAAAAAUGUCUUCAACGAACAAUUCGGCAGCGUAUUCCGUACGUAUCACAAUCCGACGUAUUUUUCACGACGCCUAUUUCGCUUUGCGGACAUUUAUACGAGCGACAUUACGAACUUGCUCAAGUUUUCGACAUCGCACACAUUUUACCCACGCCGCGGCGUCAUGCCUCAUGAAUAUGCCUCACAUUUUAUAUAAAA